CUUGCACAAGAAUACGUUAUCCUUUGCUCUCAAGCAAAGGCCAGACUCAUCGUGCAAUUUAGGAACUUCCACUGGCUUUAGCAGCCGUAUAAGUUUCCCUAUCGUCCGAGGCAGGAGACUUCCGGUUCCAAGUGACGAAUGCCCCGAGCAUAUGGAGUAUAGCGCCCAGUUUGCCUCCUCAAGAAGGCCAUGGCUGUGCUGUUGGCUCUUCGUCAUCCCCAUCCUGUCGUCCGCCAUGGUUGCACGAGGUGAACCUGCGGAGGCACCGGACGACGGAUCGCUGUUAUGCAUCGGCGAGUGCAGCACGUGUCCGGUCACAUGCGCGCCGCCGUCGCCUCCGCCGCCGCCGGACGAUAGGUCGUUGCUGUGCAUCAGCAAAUGUGACACGUGUCCGGUGAUAUGCACGCCGCCGCCGCCGCCAUCAUCAUCAUCACCGCCUCCGCCUUCCCGGGCGACUCCGUCACCAUCGAAACCGGCACCACCGGCUCCCGAGGAAGGGCCGAAAGGAGGGCUGUCAUAUCCAUACUACUACUUCUACACGUCGGAAGGCACGAGGUGUCGCGUGCUUCACGGAAUCCUCGGGUUGCUGCCGCUGCUGCUCACUUCUCUUUCGCUGUUCCUCCGAUGAACGAUCUUGAUGAGCUGCAUGUUGUGUGUGGUGUUGUUUCCUUUUGUGUUGUAAUUGAAGUAAAUGAGUUGCUCGAGAAUUAUGACAUUUUUCUUAGAGAAAUUGAGUUAUCUAAACAAAUUAAACAAGGAGGAGACAACCAAA